UCAAAAUGUCUCAGCCAAUCAUCGCCGCGCGUUGAUAUCGGUUCUGUUAGUUCGCGUUAACGCACGAAACUGAUAUGACCUCGAGUCAUGAAGCCAUGUUUAAGCCUAAUUCUCUGCUGGGGUUUAUAUUAUAAUUAUUUGGAGGAUUUUCUAUAAAAGACAGAGUCAUGUAUUAUUCCAGUAAAAGACGAGGUGAAGAUGGAAUCAGCGCCAUCAUCGACUUCCUGCUGUCCAACACCCGCCUGGUGCUCGGAGUGGGCGGAGUCGCUAUCCUGGGCAUCGCUACGCUAGCUGUGAAAAAGCUGAUCGAACGCGCCGGCCGGCCUCCUGACGACGGGAAUCCUGAGAAAAAGAUGACGGACAGCUGGGAGGAGACUAACCUGGUCAGCACCUCCCCCAAAGUGCUUCAGAAAGGCAUUGAGGGCAUGGUGAUGAAGCAGAGCGCUGCAGCCACAAAGAAAGCUGACCUGUCUCAGUCUGCACCUCAGAGCCAAUCCCAGACUCAGAGGUCCGGCUCGGACGCGGCUCAGACGCGCAGACGGUUAGACCUGUGUGUGUUGACCCUCUCGGAAAGACUGGAGCAGUAUUACCGGUCACGCGCGUGUCUGUCACCGGGCGAGGUGUCCCGAGCUCAGCAGAGAGCGCUGGACAUCGCUACAGAGAUCCAGGCCUUCCUGCACUCCAAACACCCCGACAUGCCCCGGGGGGAGAUGACGUUAGCGGGGUCACUGCUGGAUGACCUGCAGGUGGUCAGGGCUGAUCACGCCUGUCUGCUCGUUCCACUACAGCUGGAACCCAGUCUCUGGACCCCGAUUGCCGGAGAGGACACGUUUCUCGGCCAUCCUCAGUACUGCAUGUUACGGCGUGAAAACCUCGAGUACUUCCCGCGUGGGCGGAGCUACUGGGACAGACACCUCCUCGCUGGCUACCUGUCAUCUCAGCUCGUUGCCGAGCAACUACGCAAAUCCAUAAUGGAGUCCAUGAACUGGCCAUCGCUGACUGGAACCCUGGAGUGCGAGGUGCGCCCGGUGCUCGGGUCUCCCGCCCUGAAGCUGGAAAUACGAGGUGUAAAAGAAAGCAGAAGUUUCGACGAAGAGCAGCUGUUUAUUAGCAUUCUGCCCACAGUGCGCUUGGGGGAUAUGACGCUAACGGCUCAGCCAGAAAUCACCGGGUCGUUUGACUACGUGUGGUACCAAAGCUUCUAUACCAGUGAAACGGCUCGACUGGCCAGUCUCGACCAGUCGGACGGGGAGUCGGGCAUUAGGAGGAAGUGCCUGAAAACGCUAAAGGCCGUGUGUCGGAACUGCCCCGCCCUCCACAAGCUGACCGGCGCACAGCUCAGCAACCUCAUCCUGCACAUGAGCGAGAAGGAGUUCGACUGGUCAGAGUCGGCGUUCUCUGAUAGGUUCCAGCAGGCCAUCACGGAGCUGAUCGGCUACCUGGAGACGGGCUUCCUGCCCAGUUACUUUAAACCCGCCGUGAAUCUGCUGCAGGGCUUCAGUGAGGACGACAUCGAUGAGAUGGGCUUCAUGCUCUACUGCGCCGUGAGCGAGCCCGAGAUUCUGCUCAUAUAAUAAGCCAUGCAUCUGAUAAACACACACACACACACAUUUUGUUUUAUGUAUAAGAAUCUUGUGACAUUGAGCUGAUGAUGUUGGUGAGGUGAGGGUGAGGUGUUUCACUUUAUCAGAGGCUGGUUUAGUGCACCUGCAACCAAAGAUGACCAACACCAAAUCUGUUAGCGUGAGCAAUUUCUGACUCAAAGUCCAGUAGGAGGACAGCAUUAGAUGACCGCAAACCUGCAGGAUGGCUACGACUACAAACGCGACAGGAAAAGUAAACGCAACAUAGGAUUCAGAACUGUACAGAAUCGUCUCAUCACUGGCGGAGAGAUGGACAAUAUCCAGCUUCCUGAAUUCGUACUUCAUAAAGAACUGACGUUCACAUCAUUGUGUUCACAUCAUCGUCAUCAUUUCUCUGGAGAUAAACACCAAAAUGCUUUUUCUUCAGGCAUGACAUCACCAUCAUGUCCUCAUAGUGUGAUCUGAAGAUGAGAACACAGCCAUGAGUUUAUUAGAGAAGUUGUUUGCAUUGCACUUUAUCUAAAAAAACCAACUGCUGUACAAGUUACAGACAGCUCCUUUAAAGCAGGAGGCAACCCAUACUCGUUCCAACAGAACCUUUAUAUCAGACAUUUUUAGUGUGUUCUGAUCCAACACGAGACACGUGUGUGAGUUCCUCAGGCAGUGUGUGAGUGAUGGAGGCUUUAAUAAAGCUGCUGGAAUAAACUGAGCUACACUUUAUACAGGGAGUUUAUUCUUUAAUAAUCUACACAGACACUGGACACGUGCUCUGGUCAGCACUCGGAUCAUAAAGAUGGCACUCUAGUGAUGGCCAGACCACAACCAUUCUCUUCUGCACAGAAACAGUAAAGCAAGUGAUCUGAUCUGAUCUGUUUUCCUCAUGAGAUUUAAUAAUGUGUGUUUUAUGCAGUCUUCUCCCUGAAUGAAUAAAAACUCAGUCAAAU